UUUUCCAUCGCGGGAUCAUUUUCCUCUUUACUCCUCUUCCAUAAGUUGAUUAUCUCCGUCGUGAAAUUCCAACCUUCAGCCCAAAUUCCAAAAAAGACCAACCAAUCGACAAUCAACCACCAUGCCCUUGAUCACCGACUUCAAUCUCCCCAGCUCGGCCAAGCAGCUGCAGGUUCCCGAAAACGCCCAAGCGCUCUUCAUUGUAUUCGUGGCCUCGGACGACCCGGCAACGGGUCAAUCCUGGUGCCCAGAUGUCCGCGCCGCCUGGCCCGUUCUCGAGACCACUUUCUCUCCAGCCGAUGCACCCCGCCUGGCCGCCGUAGAGGUCGGACAAAAGCCCGAAUGGAAGGACCCUGGGAACAUCUACCGGACCACGUGGAAGGUGCCAUGUAUCCCGACGUUGGUGCGGUAUGAGAUCGUCAACGGGGAGACGGUCGAGACGGGGCGGCUGGUUGAGGGCGAGAUCCUUGAUCAGAAGAGGUUGGGCGAGUUUAUUGGUAUGUCGCGUGUGUAAGCUUUGUACGACUUUUCAUUCCCUGGGGGGUUGGGUUUGACUGGAUUAUGAUGGAUUCGGUGUUUGUUUAUGCUAGGGUCUGAUAGGUCGAUGCGCAUGACCAAGUAUGGUUUUUGGAGUCUCUGAUCGAUAGCAUAUUUGCCCUUGAUUUAGUCUCGUUGUCAAUAUCAGU